AUGAUAAAUAAUACUGACGGUAGUUUUGAAUAUGAAACUAAUUUAUAUAAAAAAAAUGAAAAAUUUACUUAUAAUCAAUAUCAUGAAGAAUGUGAUAAAUUUAUUAGAGAAAAUUCAUCAUCGGAAGUAUCACAUGAUUCAGAUGAAUAUUUGGCAAUGUUAAAUACAAAUCCCUGUUUUUUAUAUGCUCCUGAUAUUAAAUUUUCUAUAUUCGAAAGAAUGUAUAAUAAUGAUCCUACACAAUCAUCAUGGAACUUAUCAAAUUUUAAAAGUCAUCUUUCGCGUAUAAAAAAUGAAGAUAAUAAAACAGUAGAGGGAAUUCAUACUCCAUUUGUUUAUUGUGGUAGUAAAUGGUCUUCGUUUCCUAUUCACCUUGAAGAUUAUACCUUAAUUUCGAUAAAUUAUCAUUUUUAUGGGUUACCUAAAAUUUGGCUGAUAAGAAAUAAUAAAGAUUCUACACGUUUUCAUCAAUUAAUCAAUACAAUAUUAAAUAAAACAUUUCCAGGACGUUCUUGUAUGUUUGUUAUUACUCAUCCAUAUUCCUUUCAUGGUGGAUAUAAUCUUGGCCCAAAUAUUAAUGAAGCUGUUAACUAUGCAACUACUCAAACGAUAAAAUACUUUGCAAAUGCUAUUGUAUGUUCUUGUGAAGGCAUAGUAAAAUUAAAUGGAUCAAAAAUUAUAAAAGAAUUUUAUCCAUCAUUCAAAGAUGAAUUAAAAGGCAUUCCUGAUGAUCCAAAAAUCAUAAUUAAAAAAAAACGAAGAAGAAACUCGAAGAAGGAAAUUUAUCGUAUUGCAAAGUAUCUAUUUCCAACGUUUUGA